AUGGAAAACAGGCAGAGACCGAGCGGCCAAGCAGUCACACGGCAAGUACUUUUGUUUCCCUUCUUAUUCUCUUUGUUCUGCCGGGCGGUCUCGGGGCAUAUUCGUUACUCCAUUCCUGAGGAAAUGGCCAAAGGUUCCCUUGUGGGGAACCUCGCCAAGGAUUUGGGAUUGGAUGUCAAAGAACUGCCGCAGCGGAAGCUCCGGGUCAGUUCUGAAAAGCAGUAUUUCAGUGUGAAUGGGAAAAAUGGCAACCUGUAUGUGAAUGGCAGGAUAGACCGUGAGGAGAUAUGUGGGGAGACACCCCUUUGUGUCCUGACAUUCGAAACGGUGGUUGAAACCCCUUUAAACAUUUACAACAUGGAUAUAGCAAUUCAGGACAUUAAUGAUAACGCCCCGAGCUUCGACGAAAAUAACGUUGUGUUAGAAAUCAAUGAAUUUACACUGCCAGGGGCGCGCUUUCCACUCGAAUCGGCACAAGAUCCAGAUGUGGGACUGAAUUCACUGCAAAAUUACCGGCUCAGCCCAAAUCAGUAUUUUAUCCUGGCAGUGAAGGAGAAUGCAGAUGGCAAUAAAUACGCAGAAUUAGUUUUAGACAGACCUUUGGAUCGGGAGCACCAGACUUCUCAUAUCUUGAUCUUGACGGCUGUGGAUGGGGGGGACCCUGUGAGAACUGGGACCGCUCAGAUUAACAUUAAAAUCACUGAUGCCAAUGACAAUCCCCCAAUAUUCACUGAAGAGAUCUACAAAGUCAGAGUAAGUGAAAAUCUAGCCAAAGGCUCCGUAGUGGUACAGGUGAAAACAAUGGAUAAGGAUGAAGGAUUAUAUGGAGAAAUCAGUUAUUCCGUCAGUAAUGCCCCCAAAAAUGUCCUGCAGUUAUUCAAAAUAGAUCACGAAAAUGGAGUAAUAACAAAUACAGAUAUUCUGGAUUUUGAAGAGACGAAUAAAUAUACGAUGGGAAUUAAAGCCAGGGAUGGGGGUGACCUGACUGGCCACUGCAAAGUUCAAAUAGAAAUUAUUGACGAGAAUGACAACGCCCCCGAAGUAACCCUUACAUCCGUGUCCAGUCCUAUCCCUGAAGACUCAGUGGCCGGGACAGUGAUAGCUCUUAUAAGAGCCCGUGACCGAGAUGCAGGAGAAAAUGGAAAAAUCACCUGUCACCUUCAACACGACUUGCCUUUUAAAAUACUGUCCUCCUCUCGUAAUUACUACAAAAUAAUCACAGACAGCACCCUGGACAGAGAAAAGAUCCCAGAGUAUAAUAUUACAGUUACCGCCGCAGACAAAGGCACCCCCCCCUCCGCCCAGAAAAUCAUCCUGUUGCAGAUCUCGGAUAUCAAUGACAACGCCCCUGUCUUUGAGAAACCUUCCUACACCGCCUAUGUGCCAGAGAACAACCCCUCCGGGGCCUCUAUUUUCAGUGUAAAAGCCUCAGAUCGGGAUCUGGACCGGAACGCCCGAGUCACUUACUCCAUCCUGAGCAGCAACCUCGAAGAGGUGCCUCUCUCCUCCUACAUCUCCAUUAACUCCCAGACCAGAGCGAUCUAUGCGCAGCGCUCCUUCGACUACGAGCAAUUCCGGGAGUUUGAGCUGCAAGUGAAGGCCCAAGACGGCGGGUCCCCGCCUCUCAGCAGCAAUGUCACCGUCAGGGUGUUUAUUGUGGAUCAGAAUGAUAACGCCCCUCGCAUCCUGUACCCUUCGCUCGGAGCCGAUGGCUCCGCCUUGUUCGAGAUGGUGCCUCGCUCGGCCGAGGCAGGUUCUCUGGUGACUAAGGUGGUGGCGGUGGAUGCUGACUCAGGACACAAUGCCUGGCUCUCCUACCACGUGCUCCAGGCCACGGACCCGUCGCUCUUCAGCAUGGGGCUGCAGAGCGGGGAGAUCCGGACAGCCCGCGCCUUUGCGGACAGAGAUGCUGUGAAGCACAGGCUGGUCACCCUGGUGAAGGACAACGGGCAGCCGCCUCUGUCCGCCACAGUGACUCUCAACCUGGUGUUUGCCGAGAACUUCCAAGAGGCUUUUCCGGAAAUCAUAGAAGAAAUGAGCGACCAAUCGGGUGACUCGGCAUCUCAGUCUGAUUUACAGUUCUACUUGGUGUUGGCUUUAGCCCUGAUCUCAUUUUUGUUUCUCCUGGCAGUGACACUGGCCAUUGUGAUGAAAUUUUAUAGAGCAAGGAAUCCCCCAGUUCUGAGCUGUUUCGGUUCUGAUUAUUCCAAGGCGGGUCCCAGAUUCCCACCCAGCUACUGUGAUGCGACUUUACCGUAUAGCUAUAAUCUGUGUUUAGCCGUAGACUCCGGAACGAAUAACUCUAAUAUUCUAAAACCAAAUGGCCAGAAGGAUGUAGGAGAGAUUAUCCUUUCCAAUGACAACUCUCAGAUGUUUAUAAUGAGCAACAGCACCUCUGCUUCCGUAGACCAAAAGUCUGAACCUAACCGCGUUGGGAAGGGAUUGGCCAACAAGAAGUAG